AUGGAUCCUUUCGAGUAUAACGCCAACCCAGGCCGCGUGGUUUUUGGGAAAGGCAGUAUCCAAAAGCUCCCAGAUGAAAUCAGACGUCUGGGCUUCAAGUCACCACUCAUCCUCUCUACUCCCCAGCAAGUCAGUCAGGCAGAAGACCUGGCCAAGAUCCUUACCGCCGCGUCGAUUGAGCCCGCCGGCACUUACACGAACGCUACCAUGCACACUCCUUCCCACAUCACGGAAGAAGCCAUGGCUUAUAUUCAAUCCAAGGCCGCAGACUGUGUCGUCUCAAUAGGAGGAGGAUCAACAACAGGACUGGGCAAGGCGAUCUCAGUCCGCACCGGUCUACACCAUAUUUGCAUUCCAACCACCUACGCCGGAAGUGAAAUGACACCCAUCCUGGGCGAAACGCAGGAUGGUCGCAAAGCCACGCGGACAGACCCCAAGAUCCUCCCUGGCACGGUCAUCUACGAUGUCGAUUUGACCAUGACCCUCCCGGCGUCUCUCAGCGCCACGUCAGGAGUCAACGCUAUCGCCCACGCCGUCGAAGCGCUCUACGCAAAGAAUAAAAACCCAAUCAUCUCCCUCCUCGCCCUCGAGGGCACCAAGGCCCUCGCCGAAUCCCUCCCGGAAAUCAUCCAGAACCCUCAGUCCCAGCCCGCUCGUGAAAAGGCACAGUACGGCGCCUGGCUAUGCGGCGUCUGUCUCGGCUCCUCCUCAAUGGCCCUGCACCAUAAACUCUGCCACACGCUCGGCGGCUCCUUCAAUCUCCCUCACGCCGAAACCCACACGAUCGUCCUUCCCCACGCCCUGUCCUACAACGCCCCCGCUAUCCCGGACGCCAUGGAGAAACUCGCCGCCGCACUCCCCGGCAGCGAAGGCGACGCCAUCAAAGGGCUGAACAUCCUGCUUGAGAAGUUGCAGGUGAAGCGCGCCCUGAAGGAUUUCGGCAUGAAGGAGGAGGAUAUUGACAAGGCCGCUGAGAUUGCGGUGAGCAAUCAGUAUCCUAACCCGAGGAAGGUGGAAAAGGAGCCGAUUAGAGAGCUGAUCAGGCGAGCGUGGGCCGGGGAGCCGGCCAGGGCGGAUUUAUAG